GACUUCCCCAAGCAUUUGAGAGUCAAAGCUUCCUUCCAUGACCCUGUGGUCAACAUCUCCUCCGCAUAACUCCGCCCCAGAUCCAAUUUCCGACCAUGGAAGAAGAAAACCCUUCAGAAACCCUACAACUCAUUGGCAAGCCUCCACCGAAUCAACCCAAAAAACAACCACCAUCACCACCCCCUCCUCCGCACCCACCGCCGACCCUAUACCCCACCAAAACCACACCUUUUACCCUCCUCAUCCAACCAUUCCAAUGGCUCCAAAUGCUCUGCAAGCAGCUCAACCCCACCUUCAUCCUCGGCAUCGCCCUCGUCUACGGCCUCAGCCAAGGCUUCUCCAACUCCUUCUUCAAGGUCGUCACCGACUUCUACUGGAAAGAUGUUCAAAAGGUCCAGCCAUCCGUGGUCCAGCUCUACAUCGGCUUCUACUACAUUCCUUGGAUCAUGAAACCCGUUUGGGGUCUCCUGACCGACGUCUUCCCCGUCAUGGGCUACCGGCGGAGGCCCUACUUUGUGGCCGCCGGCGUUAUUGGGACGGUCUCAGCUGCGGUUGUGGCGAUUAGCGGGAACCUGCCUGUGGCGGUGGCGUUGGGUUGCCUGAUUGGGAUAACGGCCGGAGUGGCCAUCGCCGAUGUGACGAUUGAUGCGUGCAUUGCCCGGAAUAGUAUAGAGAUCAGGUCGCUGGCCGCGGACAUGCAGAGCUUCUCCGGGUUCUGCUCGUCAGCCGGCGCUCUCCUCGGCUACUCCAGCAGUGGGUUCUUUGUUCAUCGUCUUGGGGCUCAGGGAGCGUUAGGCAUAUUGGUGGCCCCGCCGGCAAUGUUGGUGGUGUUAGGGUUUGUGAUCUAUGAAUCGAGAGCCCCCAAUCUCGCCUCUAACAACAAGAGGAAGGCAAUGGAGAAGGUGGACAUAGCAAUAAGGGACAUGUACAGGACUAUAAGGUGCCCUCAAGUGUGGAAGCCUUCACUAUACAUGUACCUCUCUUUAGCCCUCAGUAUAAGCACCCAUGAAGGGCAGUUCUAUUGGUACACUGACCCUAAAGCUGGCCCUGCAUUCUCUCAGGAGUUUGUUGGAAUGAUCUAUGCAGUUGGUGCACUGGCCUCCAUCUUAGGAAUCCUAAUAUACCAUAAGACUUUAAAGGACUGUCCCUUCAGAACCCUUCUCUUUUUCGCCCAACUUAUCUAUGCCAUUUCCGGGAUCCUUGACGUCAUCUUCAUCCUCCGAUGGAACCUAGCGCUUGGUGUUCCAGACUACCUCUUUGUUGUCAUGGAGGAAUGCAUUUCCAGGGUUGUGGCUAGAGUUAGAUGGAUGCCCAUGAUCAUCCUCAGCACCAAGCUUUGCCCCUUAGGCAUUGAAGGCACCUUCUUCGCCCUACUAAUGUGCAUUGACAGCCUCGGCUCGCUCUCAUCCAAGUGGGCAGGAGGCAUGGUUCUUCACCUACUGCAUGUCACAAGGUCUGAUUUUACUAACUUAUGGUUAGUUGUUCUUAUAAGAAAUAUUUUGAGGCUUGCCACACUGGGUUUGAUUUUUCUUGUCCCUAAUGUUGGUCAGUCUGAUGAGGUGAUUUCCUCUGAUUUUUUGAAUGAUACUUCGAGUGUUAGUGAGGAAGAUGAUGAGUUCCAAACUUGUUUGAAUGAGAACGUUGAGCUUUAGUUAUGGAUAGUUUGGAGAAAGAGAUCGAUAUUCAUUUUGGGGAGAAAAAGAGGCUGUAAAUUAAAAAGUAAAUAAAAGAGUCCCCAUAUUGUGCAUAUGGGAUAUACCCCAAGUAUCUUUGGGUUGUCGCCUUAUCUUUGUUCACUAUGGGUUGGUCUUAUAUAAUAAUAUAUAUCUUUGGGUUUUGAAUC